AUGGGGAGACGGGGAUACAUGAAUAUGAUUGCCCUGGGACGGUCGCCCUAUGAUCUACCAGAGGUACCUUCAGAGGGAGCAAUCCCGGGUCACAGCAUCCCGUCCAACACCAAUGCGGACGGAUACGUGCAACAAUACGAUGAUCGCGGCCAUCCCAUAAAUCCUGCUUCAAAGACAUUGGGGAAACAACUCCGGAGAGCUAAAAAUGACAUUUUGUCAACCAUGGGUAUCGUAGUUAGUGGUGAGGACGGAAAGGCUGGAACGCCAAAAGAGAGGAAGAAAGCAGAGCUUCUUGCAAGAGAAAAUACCUACGACGUUUAA